UUCUCCUUCUUUUAUGGCGGUUUUCCACUGUGACCCACCUUUUUAUUUGGCCUAAAAUGUGGGUCAGAAGGCUGGGUUUCGUGUGUGAUGUUGCUGUUAUCCUUAAAAAAAAUGUUUUCUUGAUGAGUAUACUUGUUGGAUUGUGGGUGGUGGUAUUUUGUUUCCUGGGGUCUGUGAAUUGAGAAAUUUGAUGUUGGUUAUGCCUGGUCUGUGAGAAGAAGGAAGGGAGGGAAGGGAGAGCGAUACUUCGUCAUUCUUCCUUUGUUCUUUUCUCUUUUGCGCUUGAAAUACUGGAGCUUCUUCUCUUCUUUUUCUUUUUUUCUGGAAGUUGUCUGGUUUAGUUGGUGGUGGAGGUUUCGGAAUUGAUGGAGAUCCUAGAAAUUGAAUUUUGAGCAUGCUGGAGCUGUGAUGGAAGGGAAGAAGGAAUUCUUUCGAGAGCAGUAUCAACGUACAAUUAAGCAGCAGAAACUGGCUACACAAGCGACGAGUCUGUAAAAUGGCGAAGGCUGAGACAGUCUAGACAAGUUGAAGCAGCUUUGUCAUUUUCAUCUGAGACUGAGCAUUUUUCAUUUCUAUUUGUGAUGGAGACAGAAGAGACUUUUGCAGAUGCACAUGAACAUUUCUCAGAUGACUAUUUGUCAAAGUCAUUCCUGAAUGUUGAUGUAGCAUUGGCUAGAGAUGAUGGGAUAGACUCUGACGAGCAGGAUUUGGCUGAGAGGGUAAGGGGGGACUCACCUGAGCUAUUUGCAUCUUCGGAGCUGUGCUCCAGCUCAUACCAAGUCGAUUCUUCUUGCACCAACUUUGAUGAAAAUAUUCAAAAUGAGUCCACAACAAACCCUGUUGUUGGUGAGGCUGAAGAAGUCAGUACUUACUGUGGGAACACAUAUGGAGCUAGCAGUGGGAACACUCGAGAAGGAUCCAUCACAAACCAGUUUGUAGGGAGACCUAGAUCUUGUAAUUGUAUAAAUACCAUGAUUUACAGAGAUUGCAAAGCAUGUAGUUGCUCAGCUUCAGCAGAAACUAAGGUUUUGGACUAUCUCACUGUAUCUGCCCCCUUAAACAUUAUAUGCAGAGCGUCAAUAUCAUUUAAGGAUCCAGUCGAGUUUAAAACCAAGAUGGAGUUUCUCUUUGGUAGUUCAAAAUUUCAAAAGCAAACAAAAAAUAGCAACAGAUUGAACAGCCUUAUGCUUCACAAUAUGAUAAUGGCCGAUUCGGAUGACAGUAAUCGUCCAAAGAGUGUAAAAAUUAGCCCAGUGGGCCAGUGGGUUAUAAAUGCUGUUAAUGGGAAUGGAAAGGUUGCUAGCAUUUUAAGAAGUCCUUUACUUAUUCAGUUAGGUGAUCAGGUUAAAAAUAUUGUCCCAGACAGGUUGACAUCUACUGAGGAUAGGAGCACAAGCUGCUCAGAUUCUGAUAGUUUUCCUCUUGAAAUUUGUGGAACUUCGUCACAUGCACCAGAGGCAGCAUCAGUGGGAGACAGAUAUGAUUCAGAUAUAACUAGGCAGGAAUUCUCAGAUGGUGUAAUAUUUUCAUGUUCUAGUUCUAAGACAGCAGAUUCAUGUCAAUCCAGUUCUUGUCUGUCUUUCUUCAGAGGAGUGCUUCAAUGUAGCUGGGAAGGUGGAGUCCCUCAUUUUAUAUUUUCAUUGGAUGACAAGGGAAAGGUUUAUGGGGCAAAACCAUGGAGGAUAGAAUCUUCAAAAGAUAAAUCCUUAGACUGGAUAUAUCUAUUCUAUAACAAAGGCCGUGGUCACAAGCAAAUUAAUGGCAUUGAUCACAUUUCAGAUAUUGUUGGCAAGAUGAAAGUAUCAAGCUUGCUUUCACUUGAUUGUGACAAUGUAAAUCAGUUACGGUUUGAGACAGAAUAUGUUUUGUUUGGUGUAAGUGCGAGAUGUCAUGAAGAAUUUAGGCAAGAUAUGUCACCUGUAAACAUGGACGGCAAGAAGAACAAGGGGAUGCAGAAGAUAGUAUCAGAUCUUUUUAAGGCAUCACACCAAUCUAAGCCUAGAACUAUUACUAAGUCAGUUCUGUCGAGCUCCAACAAUGAUGACCAUUCUCAGACAGGCUCUCGUUCUAAGGGGACAGACUUCAAUCAUUUGAAUGCAGAGAACCUUUUAAUGAAUCAGCUCAUACCCAAUCUUGAGCUGGCUGCUGUGGUGGUGAAAGGUUGUCUGAAUCAUAGGAAUAACCAAGAGUCAGCCUUUGGAGGUUGGGGCCUGAAAUUCCUCAAAGAAAGAGAGGUUGGGAACUCUAAUGAACCUGUAGAAAGAAGUAAAGGGAAAUCUACUGCAAACAUAACUGUUCUAGUUCCUGAAGAUUUUCAUGGUGGACCAAUGACCAGAAAUGGUGGGCCAUCGAGCCUUAUUGAAAGAUGGAGAUCUGGUGGUGGUUGUGAUUGUGGUGGUUGGGAUCUUGGCUGUCCUCUGAAAGUGCUUGAUGAUCGGUCAUGUGAAGGCACAAAUAUGAAUGAAGCUGAAUCUCAGGAAGAAUGUAAAUCGACUGAUCUGUUUGUAAAGGGUAACAGGGAAGAUUUACCCGUCCUGAGAAUGGUGAACGUACAUGAAGGCUUGUAUUUCAUUCACUUUCAGUCUACAUUGUCAGCUCUGCAGUGUUUCUCCAUCGGAAUCGCCAUAAUCCACAGCCAGAGUCCAUCUCUCUUCUCUAAAAUGUACAAUAAAUGACCACAUUAAAAGAAUGACGAUUUGUUUGGACCAGUCUCCAAUUUUUGCUAGAGGAAAACACACCUCGUACAUGUCAGAGGACCGAAAAUUCUCAGAUCCUGUGCUUCAAAUUACUGACAAAUUAAUUUCACUGUAAUCAGAGGUUGCACCAUGAAUGGAACAACAGAAAGGAGGCUGUGGUUGGAUUUUGAGAAUGUACCAACGAUACAAUUUCCUUACUAUAUUCGGCGUCUCUCUCAAUAUUAGACUCAUGAAGAAGGUUAGGCAGCUAAACUUCCGUAUGUAUAAAAGAUAGAUGCCUUAGUUUUAUUGGUGUGUAUAUCAUUGUAUCUUUAGAAGUAUAACUGCAUCGAGCCAUCUGCAUGUAUAUUUAUAUUCAAUUCUCAUGAGUAUAUAAAAUAAUGUCCACGAUAAUAUAUUUGCCUCCUCCCA